AUGGCACUCGUUCGAACUACAAUGCAAGCUAUCCUGCUACUCGCCUUCUCGGCCGUCUUUGUGUUCCUGCUCAGCCCGACUACCUUAGCUGCCGCUUCGAGCGACCAGUCUGCCCCUAUGCGCAGACGGGACAACGGCGCAGGACAAAUGUCGACUCGAAACGAGCAUGAGCGGUUCGCUAGGCGCGAGUAUGCCUUUUCUUCGUCCUCGGUGUCCUUCAGCAGCAGCAGUGGCACAACGCAGUCCUCAUACACAAAGAAUGUGAUUCUGUUGAAUGGUCACUCAGUCACCGUUGAGGACGUUGGCGAUGGAAAGGGACCACAAAUUACCCAUACCAGCAACAAGAAUGGAAAGUGGGCCAACAACGGCCAGCACGUGGUGGCCUCUUCGUCGAUCAACGGAAAGACAGUCAAGGUCGAGGAUAAGGGCGACGGAAAAGGACCACAGAUCAAGACAGAUGACAAGAAGGACCACAAAGACCACAAGAAGGACCACAAGAAGGACCACAAGAAGGACCACAAGUGA